ACUGCUGCACAGUGAAGGACGUCCUUCCCAUCGUUGUACGAUUAUAAAGACGUGUGGUUUUUUUAAGAGCAUUUUUUCUCAAUAUGACCGAUGCUCCGGGAAGCAGUAUAUCUGCCACAGUCACGAUGUCAACAUCAGAAAAUGCUGCGUCACCAGAAGCCUGCGAUGCAUCUCUUCCCACUUCGGAAGCUGAGCUGAGGAUUGUCGUCGUCGGAAGGACAGGAUCAGGAAGAAGCUCCUCAGGCAACACCAUCCUGGGUAGGCCGGCCUUCGGUGUGGAUGUCUCCCCCUGCUCGGUCACCACACAGUGCAUGAAACGGACCGGGACAGUGGCCGGGAGGUGCAUCUCAGUGAUUGACACUCCAGGGUUCUUCCACACACACUUGUCCACUCAGGAGGUCCUAACAGAGGUGGGGCGAUGUGUAGCCCUGUCCUCUCCGGGACCCCAUGUAAUCUUGGUGACCCUGCAGCCUGGCAGGUUCACCCAGGAGGAAAAAGACGGCCUUGAGUGGAUCAAGGCAACAUUUGGACCCAGAGCCUUAAGGUUUACUAUGGUGCUGUUCACUUGGGGAGAUCAGCUACGAGGCAAACGUGUGGAAGACUGUUUGGAGGAGAAUGACGAGCUGUCAGCGUACGUCAGCAGCUGCCAUGGAGGAUUUCACGUUUUUGACAACAGCACGACUCAGUGCUCGCCACAAGUGGAGCAUCUCCUGACAAAGAUAGACAAGAUUGUGGCAGACAAUGGAGGCGGUUGCUACGGCAGCGACAUGCUCAAGGAGGCCGUGAAUGCCAUCAGAGAUGCUCAGGAGAGGAUUUUGGAGGGUGGGGCACACAGGUGGCUUCAUAUGCAGGAUGAGAACAAGGUGGGCCAAGAAGUGGAGUUAGAGAAGGGGAGGCGGGAGGAAGAGGAGGCCAAGAGGAGGGCGGAGAGGCUCUUCUGGUGCGAGCUGGUGACUGCGCUGGGAAAAGGGGCAGCAGAAGGGGCGGGGAUCAGGGCGACAGACAAGGGUAAAGGGAAAGCUGUCAAGAAGGUCAAGGUGGUGGAGAAGGCAGCAGCGGCUCUCGUCACCUCACCGUUCUCCAUCAGCUCAGCUGCAAAAGUAGUGGGAGGAGCUGUGAGGGAAGGAAGUAAGGUGCUCUACAAACACCGUAAAACAUUCCUACAUUAGGAGACGCUGGACUGCCUUGUGCUUGGAUGCAUCAGGAUGUGAAAUUGACAUAUACAGCAAGAGACGAGAAACCCCACACAUGCACGGGGAGAACACACAAACAUCUCAACAAAAAUCAACAGUUCAGACGGUCGUAGGCCAGAGCCAUGAAAUGUAUUAACAGCUCCAAAUCAACUCAACACUUAAAGGAAGCUAAAAGCUACCACACAUUUGAAAAUCUAUUUGCGUCACCCUAGUCCCAAGUAUUUUAAGAUGAAUUCACGUUUUGAGUGUGCAUAUAUUUUCCAAGCAUGCUUAAAAAUGCAGCCAAUUGUACUAUAGCAGUGAGAUUUACGUGAUACACGCAUAACAAGACAUUGUGAUGUCCAGAGUGUCCUUGGUCAGAAUAAAAGUUUCAAAAGAGCAUCAAGACUCCGUGGGGACGCUACACUGUGCCUCCGUCACAAUAGAGAUGUGGCUUUCCACAUCACAUGCACAUGCAUUACAUUAUAAAUGUUAAUGUAAUAAAUGAAAAAAAAUUAGUUACCGCUGUUAGUGUGCUAAUUUUUUGACAGCCCUAAUAAUAAAUCAUACUGUAUUGUUGUUGAAUACAGUCUAUUAGUACAAAAAAAAGGCUAAGUGAAGUAAAAUUUAAGGCAUUCAUAAAACUCAUUCGAGGACUGAUAUGUAUUCCACACUGGUCACUAGGUGUCAGUAAUGUUACUGUAAUAUUUGGUGAAACACACAAGCACCAGACUUGAUCUCUGGAACAAAAGGCUUUUAUUGCAGGUUUGAAUGCUCUCACAACAGGCACAAUAAUCCCUAACACGGGCUACUGUUGUGGCCGGAACCCGCGCCGAGCUAAAAUUCAACUCCGAAGCCCAGACGUCACUUCUGCCCACUGCACCGGAACACAUUUACAGCCAAACACACAAGCACGACUUAGGCUUAUUUUUUUCCGUUACGUCUGCAAUAUUGGGUAAUAGAGUAAAGGUGACUGGGGGUGUCAUUUCAUGUCUAGAGGGCUGUAAUAAUAUUAAAACCUCCAUUUAGAAGGUCGCAAACAGGUUUUCUAUGCUCUUAAAGGGAUAGUUCAGAUUUUUUUACUUCCAAGUUGUAGGACAUCAGCGUUGGCUUGUCAAAACAAUACGUGUUCAAAAGAGUCAUUUGCAUCAUAAAAAUGUCUCCUCGAAAAAAAAACCCCACACACCUCACAAAUCACUUGUCGUCUUCAUCACGUACACAUGAACGGACCGGCGACAGUGCGCAGGGAUACGGCGGGAGACCAUUUGUGAGGUCUGAUUUUUUUCGAGGAGGCAUUUGUGUGAUGAAAAUGUAUUACUCUUUUUGAACGCAUAUUGUUUUAAGAAGCCAAACUCUUCACUUAAAUAAACAACUAAGCAGAACUACGUUCCUCCUCACGGAAAUCCAACCAGAACUGGACUCACAAGACAAAGUAGGGGGGCAAGUCACUGUUGAUGUACUACACUGCUGAUGGGGAUGUCAUACAACUUCAUGUCAAAAAAUCUAAAAACUAUCCCUUUACAAAAUAUUCCAUUUCUAAAUAAGGAAUCCAAAUUCACUUAUCACUGUCGGGUCUGAAAACAAUUAACCGCGAUAUAUGAGGGAUAACUGUAGUGGUAUCGUUGAAGAGAUAUUACAGAUUACGUUUCUUUAAAAUUGAGUAAUUUCAGCCAGAGGGUCAUUUCUGAAAUAUGGUCUCAUAAUUUGACCAGAGUAUAUCUAAUUUUGGUAGCAGGUAGACAGUGAAAGAUAAAGCAACUUAAGUGUGCGAUGCAUCUGUAUAUAAUAUUCAUUCUGUUAAAUCAUAGUUUGUGUAUUUGAUAUGGAACUUCAAGAAAUCCUGCUGACACACAAAGACCACUCAAGUUAUUAGUGUAAAAGCAAUUUAAAGUAUUCAAAUAAAAAUUCAGUUUCCCUGAUACCAAGUUUGGUCAGCAGCAUCAUAAUAAGGAACACAUUUUAGGAAGAAAAAAAAAAAGUAACUUAAUAAUUGAAGUAGUUAUGCAUUUAAUUUUUGGCUUCAUUUAUGCUCAGGGAAAAAUUCCGUCCUUUUAUUCCCAUGAGGAAAUAUAAUGUAUGAAGAAAACAGGAAACAUACAAAACAACAGACCAGGCUAUAAAGGGGAAAACGUCAAGUUGUCCCUCGCUACAUCGCAGUUUGAACAUCGCUCUAUUGCCAAUUUAAAAAAAUAAAUCAUUGCUGUUUUGUGGUUGACUAUGGCCUAUUAGUAAAAAAAAAAAUAAAAACAAAUUAUAUAUA